AGGGAAGUCUCCACCUCCUUUCUCUCUUCCCUCCCUAGUUUUUCAGUCCCUCUCUCCCCCUCAGCCUGGCAGGAGUCCACGGGCAGAGCAUGCGAUCAGUUCACAGGGAACAGCAGCAGGGAAGAUGCAGAAAUCUACUCAGAAGGAGCAUCUCUACAAACUCCUAGUAAUUGGGGACCUGGGAGUGGGUAAAACCAGCAUCAUCAAGCGCUAUGUCCACCAGAAUUUCUCCCCCCACUACAGGGCCACCAUUGGAGUGGACUUCGCCUUGAAGGUGCUCAACUGGGAUACAGAUACCGUUGUACGACUGCAGCUCUGGGAUAUUGCUGGUCAGGAAAGGUUUGGAAACAUGACAAGGGUCUAUUACAGAGAAGCCAUGGGUGCAUUUAUUGUCUUUGAUGUUACAAGACCAGCGACAUUUGAAGCAGUGACAAAAUGGAAAGAGGAUUUGGACUCUAAGUUGAUUCUCCCUAAUGGCAAACCUGUGUCAACAGUUCUCUUAGCAAACAAAUGCGACCAGGGAAGAGAUGUUCUUACAAACAACGGCAUCAAGAUGGAUCAGUUCUGCAAGGAUAAUGGGUUUGUGGCAUGGUUUGAAACAUCAGCUAAGGAAAACAUAAACAUCGAUGAAGCUUCCAGGUGCUUGGUGAAACACAUAAUUGCUAGUGAGAGUGAUUCAAUGCAACCCAUUGAACCGGAUAUUAUAAAACCACACUUGAAUUCUUCCAAGAUUGUCACUUGUUCAGCUUGCUUUAAAUCCUAAGGGACUUCCAGACUAUUCCCGGAUACUUGAGCUGAGCAAGUAACUCACAAGGAAUGUUUUCUCCAGCACAUACAGAUUAUUCCUCUGCUCACUGAACACCCAUGAGCAAAUUGAGAUUUUCUCAAGUGUAUUUGAUAUUUAAAAGUAUUCAAUGAUUUUUUGACCCCUUGGCUUGAGUAUGAAUGCUCAUAUUCUUUAUGAGUACUUGAUAGUAACUACUAAAAUUGUCUCAGUUUGGUGUAAUUGGUCAGCUAGGUCACAUAAGGCUGUUCCUGCUUUCUGAUGAAGUGUCCACCCACCUCUGUAAUGAAUAUUCUGACUGUGAUUUAAAAUUUGGUUACUGCAAGUACUUACCCCAAGGCUUGGCAAUUUGCUUUCUAAGAACAUUUCUCAUUAAGCAGCUGCGUGAAUGUUCACUAAAAGCAAAUACAAAAGGUGACAGGAGCCAGUAUUUUUUCAGGUUUUGCCAGGCUCUAUUGAGUAUAUAUUACAAAAGAUCACACUAACACAUGAAACAUCAUUUGUGGUAGUGCAGAGCAUUGAACUGGCAGUCAGCAGACCUGGAUUCUUUUACCAGCUUUGCCAAUGACCUCAUGUGGGACCCUGAGCAAGUUACUAACAUUUUAUGCACUUCUUUUACUCAUGCAACCCUUGACUUAUCAUACCUUUUUUUUUUAGACUAUAAGCUCUUUGGGAUGGGGAGAGAGGCUGUCUCCUACAAUGUGUUUAUUCAGUGCCUAACACAGUGGGCCUCGUUGGGUCUUCCAGACACUACUGUAAUAUAAAUAAUAAUUUCAGUGAAUGGCAAGACAGAUAUGAACAGACGAUACAGAGAGAAGCUUUUGGGGAGUUUUUGUAUGGGGAGAAUCCGGUUCUCAAAAUCAAAGCAUCUCAUAGCUGAAUCUGCUACUAAACCGCUUGCACUUCAGAGCAGCAGAAUCAAGGACACUGUCUUAACUAAUCAAAGGCUGGUAUAUACUGCUUGAAACUCCAGGUUGUAAAUAUAUUUUUGUCACAGAGUUUCAGAGUAAGAGACAAAACAGAAGUCAUUACUUUAAAACAAGCAGGCAAACAAAAUGUGCCAAUGACAAAAUGGGCUCACUUAUCCAGCUGGAUGUAUUCAGAGAAAAGUGUUUUCAAGCUUAGGGAACUCCUGAUUUUUAAUUUAACCUCUGACAGGCUUCCACUGUGCUCUGGGUCAAGUCACUUAACUUUACUGUUCCAGUUUCCACGUCUGUAAAUCAGAGAUACUGGUAACUGUACUUGCCUACCUCACAGGGUUUUUUGCAGGUUGAUAGUUGUGUGCUGCUGCAAGAUUAAAAGCAUUGUACAAGUGCUAAGUACUACUAUUGCUCAGAUUGAAAUAGAAUGACCGAGAGCCCUAUAGCACGGAUACACGGCCCUCUGAUGUCUUAUACUUUUUAACAGAGAAAGGGCUAAUCUUCACUGUUAACUUAAGUUACUUCUCUUUGAGUGUUGCAUCGCUGUGAUCACUCUCUAGGCACACCGAAUGAUCAGAUUAGUACCUGACAAAUUGUGCUAAUUCAAGCUGUAGCUGCAUUCUCACUGCUUUCAUUAGCAUAGAUGUCACCAUAAAGGUCCAACUGACAGGCUAGCACAAUCAAGCUUAACUCUAGCUCAGAAUCUGUGUGUGUGGACAGGAGUUGGGUUAAGGAUAACACUCAGGUUAGACCUUGAGCUAACACUACAAUGAAAACAGCAUAUUGUCUCACUUUCCUAUAAGCUAACAUGUCUCAGACUUCUGCCAAACUGUGUUGUAACCUGGUCCCCAGGUUAUUGAUGUCUUUUAACUGUCAUCAUAAAUAGCAUGUCUUCAGAUGUUUCCAAUCUGUGUUCAUUAAGCAGUAAGGUAAUUUCCUCCCACAAAUAACUGUUUGAGAGCUUUGCUUCACUAAGGACGUAGGCAAAUUAUUUGCUUGCUAAAAAGAAGCAAAAAUAAAACAGAGAAAAAAAAACGUUAUUUUUCCUCCUCAAUGUACUGUAUUAAUGUUCCAACCAUCCUGCUUUGGCUCUACUAUGGGACCUUUACCACAACCAAGGAUUCAGACCCAACUUUCCAUGUUGGACAAAUAGAGUUCCAUAACCAGGGCCGAAUUUGGCUCUGACUGGAUUGCACAAGAUGUACUGAGGCUACAUUGCUUGAUCGUCACACUUAUCAAUGCAUCAAUGCAGUACAAUACUGGUCUCUUUUAACUUAUGUAAUAAAUUACAUAAUUCCAGAAAACUUGCUAUUGAGCGCACACAGUUUUUAUGCUGCAGAAGUGAUGACCAACUUUCUGGGUACUUGCAAUAAAUCAAUAAAUACAGGAAUGACACCUGUGCUGUGAGUUAAUGGAGCCUCAGCAAGCUGCACUCAUUUGGGGACUCCAAAGUAAAAGCUCUAUAAUUAAGAAUUAAAGUAAUUACCUGUGGCCAAAUCCUUUCAGGGUAGAUUAUAAAAGGUAGCUGUAUUAUUUGAAUUCCUGCAUGGAUAGAAUUUCCUUAUGUCAUUCAGGAUAAUCUCAUGAGGUUCAACAAGGACAAGUGCAAAGGCCUACACUUAAAAUGCAAGAAUCUCAUGCACCAAUACAGGCUUGGGACCAAGUGGCUAAGCAACAACUUUAAAGAAAAGGACCUGGGGGUUACAGUGGACAAUAAGCUGACUAUGAGCCAGCUGUGUGCCCUUGCUGCAUUAGUAGCACCGUUGCCAGAAGAUUGAGGGAAGUAGUUAUUCCCCUCUGUACUCCACUGGUGAGGCCACAUCUAGAGUCCUGUGUCCAGUCCCCCCCGCUCAACUACAGAAAAGAUGUGGAGAAGUUGGAGAGAGUCCAGCAGAGGGCAACAAAAAUGUUUACGGGGCUAGGGCACAUGAUUUAUGAGAAGGGGCUGAGGGAACUGGGUUUAUUUAAUCUGCAGAAGAGAAGACUGAGGGGGGAUUUAAUAGCAGCCUUCAGCUCCCUGCAGGGGGGUUGCAAAGAGGAUUAAACUGGACUGUUCUCAGUGGUGGCAGAUGACAGGACAAGAAGCAACCAUCUCAAGAUGCAGCAAGGGAAGUUUAGGUUAGAUAUUAGGAAAAACUUUCUCACUAGGAGGAUGGUAAAGCACUUUCUCACUAGGAGGGUGGGUUACCUAGAGGGGUGGUGGAUCCCCAUCCCUUGAGGCUUUUAAGGCCUGGUUCAACAAAGCCCUGAAUGAAAUGAUCUAGUUGGGGAUGGUUCUGCUUUGAGCAGGGGGUUGAACUAGAUGUGACCUCCUGAGGUCCCUUUCAACCCUAAUUUUUUAUGAUUCUAUGAUAUAGUCUAUGCCAUCUUGCUAUCUCUGUUGUUUACAAGAGUGCGGUUUUUCAUUCUAUGGACAAUGUAAGUCAAAAAGACUUUUGUCCUGGACUCCUGGAAUAUCCUUGACCUUGUUAUGGGAAGAUAUAGGGUAUGGUUCUCUAAAGCAGGCACCUUGGCCGCAUCUACACAGGACGCUGACUGCACAGUUGUUACUGUGCAGUCAUUUAGUACUUGUAAAAACAUGUAUAAACUAGGGGUGUGUGAAAUGGGCCAUAUUCGAUUUGGAUUUGGAUUUGGCCCAGGGAUACUGAUUUGAUUAGUUGAUUUAGAUCAUUGUCCCUGAUUCAAUUUGGCCAAAUCUGAAGAUUCAUUGCUGAUUCGGAGAAUCAGGGAUUCAGCCAUAGAUGCAGCUUUAAAUAUUAUUUCUACAUACCUCAAGGUACCAGGAGCAGCCCAUGAACACUGUGAUGCUGAGGUGGAUGGAGCAUCCCACAGGAGUGCAGGGAAGUAUUUCUGGUCCACUUCUGGGUCUACCGGGCAGCACACUGGAGGGCCCCACCACAUCCUCCAGCUCGGUGAUCAGCUACAGAGGGACUGCAGGUGCCCACCCCAGACUCAGGAGGCACCAGUCGUUGAGCUGACGGGGUGCAGGGGGGGGCCCAUGUGCUCUCCAGUGGACCUAGAAGUGGACCAGAAGUGCUUCUGGUCCACUUCUGGGUCUGCUGCCAAGUGCACUGGGCUCUCCCCCCAUGCUCCUGUGGGACACUUCAUCUGCCCCACCAUUGCAACAUUCAUGAGCCACCUGGUACCUUGAGGUAUGUAGAAAAAACAUUUAAAGCUGUGUCUAUGUCCAAAUCUCCGAGUCUUUCUGAAUCUCUCCAAAUCAAUUCGGAGGGUUUCGAUUCGAUUUGGAGAGAUGAAAGGGUCUCUUGGUUUGAUUCGGAUUCAGAGAUUCAGCCACCAAUUGGGCCAAAUCUCCACUGAAUCAAAUCAAAGACCGAAGCUUCACACAGUCCUAGUAUAAAUGAGUAGUAAAUGCCUGCAUAGUAACCUGAGUUAGUGCCAACAAACAUCCUGUAAUGCUACUGCACACUAGCCUAAUACUACUGCUCAGUAGUGUUGCAUCAUGGUUUUUGCCACGUGAUGCUACUGUGCAGUCAGCGUCUCAUGUAGAUGCAGCCCUUGUGUAUUUGAUUCUAGGGGGAAGUGAACAGAAAGUGGACUUAAAAAUUAUAUCAGAUCUGAAUUUUUCAAGGUAUCUCACAGUAUCUUUGUACUGGUAAUGAGCCUGCAGACUGAUAGGGAGUGGGAAACCAGGACUGAAACCUCUUGAAAAGGAGACAUUUCUUUUCUUUUUCCCUAGUACUCUGGAAACAUUUUGAUACUUUAGUGCUAGGCUUUCCAAGCCAAGGCACCCACAAGUCUAGCAAUAAUAAUGCCAGUUUGCAUUUUUAUAUUAUCUUACAUCUUUGGCUUCCUGUACAAAGACCUGACUUUUAAACACUCCCUGAGAAACAGGUAAAUAUUAUGAACUGAGCUUUUCAGAUGAGAAACCUGGCACACAAAAGAGCACAUUCUUCUUUACUGAACCUGAAAGAUCACAAUGAAUCUGAUGGGGCUGGCUUCCAUGAGAGCUCCAGGCAGCUGGCCCCUCUUAUGAACCGCCUUUAUGCUACUUCUGCAUUGUUUUUGUAGACAACAAAGUUUUCCUGAAAUUUUUCCAAUCAGAAAUCCACUUAUUUCCAGUAGCAGCUAGUCUGAGGAUCACGAGUUGCUUUGCAUGUACUUCCUUGAUUAUUUAUUGGACAGCUGAUCUUGUUUUGGGUGCCUUCCUUAUUUUUAUAACAUAAUCAGACUUGUUAUAUUUUUGUACAGGAUCUUGUCCAUCUGGAUUAAAUGGAACUUGUUAAAUACAUUUUAAUGCAGGGAAAUGCAAUUUGUGUCAAUUGCUGAGAGACAGUCAAUGCAAAUAUUUUACUGCACCACAAUUUAUGCAUGUGACAGAAGGUCCUUAUUCAUAUUUUUGGCAGAACAUAGAGUAUAUAUGUUUUGUAAAAUGAAUUCAUUAAACAAGUAAAGAAACCUUUGCUAUGGCCCCAUGCAAAAUUCAGCUGUUCUUUUAUGAAACCCAUCUUCAAUUCAUGCUUUUCUUUUAGAAUUAUUUUGAUUGGUGAUGUUAAAUAUAAUUUGUCCCUUCAUCUUGUGAGAAGAUGUGCUUGGCAUUAAUAAAAAUGUUACAUAUUUGAACAAAAA